CUGUGCCGCUCGGAGGCGAAGCUGCAGCGAGUCCGAGGGUCGGAUGGAAGUUCUAAAGAGCAAGUUACCGACGGAACUUGAUCCAAACGCAGGACUUAACUCGAGUCGGAUUCCAACUUGACUGCCACUGGUUAUGAAAAUCUGCACAUCGAGACUGAAACGGCAGGGGGUAAGAUGUUUGUGGAGUCAGUGGUCCGAUGGGGGGCGUGGAGCGUCCUGCUCCAGUUGGGACUGGGAGCAGCUGCAGGAGUCUGUCCGUCCCGAUGCGUCUGUCGACCCGAAGCCAGAGAAGUGAUCUGCUCUGGCAAACAUCUGAUUUCGGUGCCAGAGGGUUUUUCCGGUGACGCCAGGCGUUUGGACAUCUCCCACAAUAAGAUUAAGACAGUGGGACGCCGCCAGUUCUCUGGCCUCCUGCAACUUCAGGAGUUGGACCUCAGCGAUAACAUAAUCUCCAUGAUUGAGGUAGAGGCUUUCCAGAGCCUGCAGAAUCUCAGGACUCUUCGGAUUAAGAACAACCGACUGAAGAUCCUCCCGGUCGGCGUGUUCUCUGGCCUGUCCGGCCUGCGCCUUCUAGACUUAAGCCAGAAUGAGAUUCUGGUCUUCCUGGACUAUACCUUCAGAGAAAUGAUGAGCCUGCAAACGCUGGAGGCCGGAGAGAACGACUUAGUGUUCAUCUCGCAGCGGGCGUUCGUUGGUCUCCAGAAUCUGCAGGAGCUCAACAUAGAUCGCAGCAAUCUGACGUCUCUUCCCACGGAGGCGCUGUCGCAGCUGCAGAGCCUGACGCGUCUUCGGAUGCUGCGUCUGACCAUCACCACACUUCCCAACAACGCCUUCCGAAGACUCCACCGUCUGCGCAGCCUCCUGAUAGCCAACUGGCCGGCCCUGGACUCGAUAGCUAGCAACAGCCUGAUUGGUCUCAAUUUGACCUCGCUCGUCAUCAGCAGCUGCAACGUCAGCGCUGUUCCUUACUCGGCGCUCCGUCACCUGGUCUACCUGCGCUACCUGGACCUGUCCUACAACCCCAUCACCGCUAUCCAAGGGAAUCUGCUCGGCGACCUCCUGAGACUCCAGGAGCUCCACCUAGCAGGAGGGAGCCUGCUACGGAUAGAGCCCGGGGCCUUCAGGGGCCUGGCCUACUUCCGCAUGCUCAAUGUGACGUCCAAUCAGCUCACCAGCUUGGAGGAGAGUGUCUUCCACUCCGUGGGGAACCUUCAGGUGCUGCGGUUGGAUGGGAAUCCACUAGCAUGUGACUGCCGCCUCCUGUGGGUGGUCCGUCGCAGAUUACGCUUGAACUUCGACGGACAUCAGCCCACUUGUUCCUCCCCGGACUCGGUGAGACAGCGUGACUUCAGAGACUUCUCGGAGAAGGAGCUGCCGCGGCUGUUCACCUGCCGUCCUGCUCGCAUCAUGGACCGCCGGCCGCAGGAGGCCCGGGUGGAGGAGGGCACCACGGUUCUCUUCUCCUGCAAAGCUGACGGGGAUCCGUUCCCGUCCAUCACCUGGAUCUCCUCCCACAAGAAUUUGGUUUCUGCAACAGGAAGGAUCAGGGUUUUGCCCAACGGCACGCUGGAAGUGCGUUUUGCCCAAGUACAGGACAGCGGUACGUACCAGUGCCUGGCCGGCAACGCGGCCGGCAACGACAGCCUGACCGUGGGCCUCUACGUGAAGGGCCUCCCCCGGAACCGGACCAUCCCUUUCUUCUCAGAGGAGGGCUGGGCGGAGCCUUCCAAUCCGCAAGCAGCCAACUCCUCGGCUCAAAUGGCGAAGCCGUACCCGUUCGACGCCAAGACGCUGAUCAUCGCCACCACCAUGGGCUUCCUGUCGUUCCUCAGCUCCGUGGCCAUUUGCUUCGUCUUCAUGUUCUUCUGGAGCCAGAGCAAAGGGCAGAUCAAACACAACGCAAAUAUUGACUUUGUGCCCCGGUCCUCCAUGGGUGGAGGAGAAGGAGGGGGAGGUGAUGGUGGCAGGUUCACCAUGAAGCUUAUUUAAAGCCAAGGCAGAGGUCCGAGGGGUCUUCACAGUGUGUGUCAGUUCUUUGCCAUGUGGACCCUCCCCUCCGGUGGGACCCUCAGACACAGAGACCUCUAUUCCAUGGCUCAUCAGUGCCAGUCUGUCCAGCUUCUAAUUUAAGAGCUGAACGUCUCAGCACCCACUUGGCUGUGUUAUCUAACUAAUGAAUAUCUCAUGAUGCUGGAGUGGAGUGAUGUGAACAGACUGUGGAGCAGAGCUGUGUCACGGCGGCUGAACAACCUCUGAUUUGACAGGUCUCUCUCUCUCUCUCUCUCUCUUUAUGCAGCAAGUAAUUAUCAUUUAACUUCACAGAUUUGGGGAUAACACAAAGAGACUUUGAAUUCGACACAUGAAACUAAUGUCUCUGAGUUAUUUAAUCACAUCAGGUGCUUGUUUUUUCGUCCACCACAUUGUACAAGUCAAGUGAACAUUUUGACCCGAGUUGCUGGUUUCACUCACCAACAGAGAAUCACGUUCAGCAUCGGUUGUGAGACUUUAACUUUCAACAUGUGACUUUAAAAGCUUUUGAUACCUGCAAUAAACACAAAUGGAAUAGAGUCGCCAAAUCAUUUUCGGAUUCUCAAGUUUGUGCCGACGUUUUGGAAAAAAUGUUCAAGCUUCGCAUUAUGUUUGAUUUACAGCUUGAUUUAAAUGAUUAUGUAAAGGGACAGAUUAGUUAUUACAAACCAUGAUACUCGUAGGAAUGUUCCCAUUUCAUGCUUAAAGCUAGAAAGUC